ACAACAAACAAGAUAGGGUGAAGAUCGUCGGGAUGGAUGCAGCUACAUUGACGUACGACACACUUCGUUUUGGAGAGUUUGAAGAUUUUCCUGAGACCUCAGAGCCUGUGUGGAUCUUGGGGAAAGAGUACAAUGCACUCACAGAGAAAGAGGAGAUUUUAUCAGACGUCACGUCGCGGCUGUGGUUCACUUACAGAAAAAACUUUCCGCCGAUUGGGGGCACUGGACCAACAUCAGACACAGGAUGGGGAUGUAUGUUACGGUGUGGCCAGAUGAUCCUAGGAGAGGCCUUGGUGUGUAGGCACUUGAGUAGAGACUGGAGGUGGGCCAAAGGCCAGAAACAAAGAGAAGAGUACAUCAGUAUUCUCAACGCCUUCAUUGACAAAAAAGACAGCUACUAUUCCAUCCACCAAAUUGUUUUCUUCCUGUACGCUGCAGCCCAAAUGGGAGUCGGAGAGGGAAAGCCAAUCGGACAGUGGUAUGGACCAAACACAGUCGCCCAAGUUCUAAAGAAGCUGGCAGUGUUUGAUACGUGGAGCAGAUUAGUUGUACACGUGGCCAUGGACAACACUGUGAUCAUCGAGGAGAUCAAGCGUCUUUGCAUGCCGUGGCUAGACUUCUCAGAGCCGUGUGGAGGAGCAGAGGGAGCCGGGGAGCUGAACGGCUGCCUGGAGGGAGCGUGCGCCCUGGCUGAGGAGGAGACGGCUCUCUGGAAACCCCUGGUCCUGCUCAUCCCCCUCAGGCUGGGCCUGAGUGAUAUAAACGAGGCCUACAUCGACACCCUAAAGCAAUGCUUCAUGCUGCCACAGUCCCUGGGGGUCAUUGGGGGCAAACCUAACAGUGCCCAUUACUUCAUUGGUUAUGUUGGAGAGGAGCUGAUCUAUUUAGACCCACACACAACCCAGCCUGCAGUGGAGCCAUGUGAAGACAGCCAGGUCCCAGAUGAGACGUACCACUGUCAGCACCCACCCUGCCGCAUGCAGAUCUGUGAACUGGACCCAUCCAUCGCAGUGGGUUUUUUCUGCAGAACAGAAGAUGAGUUUGACGACUGGUGCAUGCGCAUAAGAAGACUGACCUGCAAGAAAGGAGGGCUGCCCAUGUUUGAAUUGGUCGACAGUCAACCCGCCCACAUGGUCAGCGUUGAUGCACUUAACCUUACUCCUGAUUUCUCAGACUCAGACAGACUGGAACGGUUCUUCGAUUCAGAAGACGAGGAGUUUGAGAUCCUGUCCUUGUGAAGAAUGUCAUGAACUAUGAUUUGCGGUUCUCAGCAGCGAGCGGAAAACUCUCCAUCUCUUCUCUGAAUCAGAAAGGAAACCCCGAGAGGACGAACAUUUAUUGGAGGCUUCUUCAGCCAGUCCGGCUCAGUGGGGCAGUCUGUGUUUCACAUCAUUCUUCUCAUCAGCCUCUGAUUGCUCUUCGUAUCCCAACAUGGAGACUUGCCCAAUGGACGCUGUAGCAGCAGCUCAGGAUCAAUUCUGUAUGCACAUCUUCACACUUUUUUUUGUUUUUCCAUUUGAGUCUUAACACUUUCAAUGUUUAUGCUGAAGUGAUAUGGUGCCUUUCCCCGACCCCUGUAAGUAAAGUUGCCAUAAUGGUUUUAUGUUCAAUAGACUAAAUAUGGUUCAUGGCGCCGAUGGCUUAACACAGUUUGUCACUAAUAAUAAUAACUGAAGUCUAACAGCCUGUAAAGAAACAAAGUCAAAUCUGCAGGCAAGUUGUAUUAGUCAUAAUGCAAAGUAACCUUGCAGAGUUUAAAACAUGUACACUAGUUGAAAAUUAUUUAUUUAAUCAAAAACUUAGAAAUAAUAGAAAUGCAGUUUCAAAACAAAAAA